AUGAACUCAUCAACGCCAUUGACCUCUUUCCUUCGCUUCUCGGUCGGUGUCUCCCGUAUCAGCGUGCGAAAUGAGAGCACUUGGGCCAGGUAUCGCCCUGAUGAGGCUAGGAAGCGGUUCCGGCACAAGAAGAUGGAUGAGGCCGGUUUCAGUGAAACCCAUGGCGAGGAAUUAUGGGUUUUCAACCACUUGACUACAGAUCAGAUCAUAUACUCUACAAAGCCUGUAUUGGACCACAAUCGAGCAUUAAAACAACUACCAUUCAACGGAAAGAAGUCCAAGCCGGCGAAGCUGCGAAAGGAUUACUGGAAGCCCAUGGCCAAGAUAAGGUUUCCCAAGGGCGAGGGCGAGGUUGGGCGGUCCGUCUUUCAAGCAUUGCGCGAGUUCAAGAGGCGACAUGAGCUUGAGUGGGGAUAUCAGGCAGAGUCUCUGUACAAUCAGAGCCGCUCGGAUCGUGCCAAGGAUCUCAACCGUCAGAAGGCCAAUGCCAUCGCCGACAUGGCUGCCGUGUUGGGCGGUGCUGGGAAGGGUAACCUGAUCCAGCACACCAUCGUACAGGUGACGCCCGGGGCCGAGAAGGGCGCAGAACCCGUUACGCAACUGAAAGUGGUGCCGGCCACCGUUUUCUGGGCCAACAAACACGACCCGGAAUUUGCGGCGAGCUGGCCCGAGAAUGUCAAACACAGACUAGGAAAUCUGGAAAUGACGCGCAGUGAGGAAGCCGAGCUGCUCAUGGAGGAACAACAAGCGGGGGAGGAUAACGGAGCAGCGUUGAAGGCAGUGGAGGCUUGA